GGGUGGGGAGGGGAGGACGGAAGAGGAAAGGGAGGGAGGUGAGCCAGCUAGAGGUGGUGUGGGGUGGGUGGGUGUGUGCGUGUGUGUGUAUGUAGAGGUGUGUGUAUGUGUGUGUAUAUGUGUAUCGUGUGUGCGGAGAGAGGAGGGAGGGGGAGGGAGAGGGAGGAGGAGGAGGAGGAGGAGGAAUGAGAGCGAGAGUCUCUUCUCUUCGGCUCCUUCGCCUGGUCGGAAAGAGCCGAGCGCAGCCCGAGCGCUCUAGUAAAAUGGCGGCGUCGGCGUCGGCGGUGGCCGCGGCGUCUGGUCGGUGAAGUGACUCGACUGCUUCUCUCCCCCAUCCCCCUCCCUCCCUCCCUGUCCCCUCCCCCCUCCUUCCCCCCCCCUUCCCCGCCGCCGCAGGCGCCUCCGCGCCCCUCCGGCCUGCGCACCUCCCCUCGUCCCCCCCCUCUCCCUCCUCCCCCCCCCUCACCGCCCCCGCUCCCGGGACAGGCAGUUCCUCGUCCCCUUCACCUCCCCACCCUCUCCGGCUCUCUCCUCCCCCCUCCCCCGCCGGCCGGCCGGCCCCCCUCCUUCUCUCUCCCCUCCCCCCCCCUCCGGUCAGGAUCAGUCCGUGCGAUCCGAAGCGGGGGAGGGGGGGGGCGGCGGCUGAACGAUGUGCGAGAACUGCGCAGACCUGGUGGAGGUGUUAAAUGAAAUAUCAGACAUUGAAGGUGGUGAUGGACUGCAACUCAGAAAGGAACAUACUCUCAAAAUAUUUGCUUAUAUCAACUCCUGGACACAAAGGCAAUGUCUAUGCUGCUUUAAGGAGUAUAAGCACUUGGAGAUUUUUAACCAAGUAGUAUGUGCUCUCAUUAACUUAGUGAUUGCCCAAGUUCAAGCGCUUCGGGACCAGCUCUGUAAACAUUGCACUAUUAACAUAGAUUCAACAUGGCAAGAUCAGAAUAAUCAAGCUGAGGAGCCAUUGAAUGUAGAAAGAGAGUCUCAUGAAGAAGAAAAUAUAGAAAGACAAAAAUCAGAGAAAAAAUUAGACUCUACAAGGAUUUGUAGCCUGACGGAAGAGGAGUCUACAAAGAAUUCUGAUCCUUUUAAUUUAUGGAGUACAGAUGAGAAGGAAAAACUCUUGCUAUGUGUGGCAAAAAUCUUUCAGAUUCAGUUUCCCUUAUAUACUGCUUACAAGCAUAACACUCAUCCUACGAUAGAGGAUAUUUCAGCUCAAGAAAGCAAUAUAUUAGGGGCGUUCUGUGAUAUGAAUGAUGUAGAAGUACCAUUGCACUUGCUUCGUUAUGUUUGUUUGUUUUGUGGAAAAAAUGGCCUUUCCCUCAUGAAGGAUUGCUUUGAAUAUGGAACUCCUGAAACUUUACCGUUUCUGAUAGCACAUGCAUUUAUUACAGUUGUAUCUAAUAUUAGAAUAUGGCUGCAUAUACCUGCUGUCAUGCAGCAUAUUAUUCCAUUUAGGACCUAUGUUAUCAGGUAUUUAUGCAAACUUUCUGACCAGGACUUAAGACAGAGUGCUGCUAGAAACAUGGCUGAUUUAAUGUGGAGCACAGUGAAAGAACCAUUGGAUACAGCCUUAUGCUUUGAUAAAGAAAGCCUUGAUCUUGCAUUUAAAUACUUUAUGUCACCCACAUUGACUAUGAGGCUGGCUGGAUUAAGUCAAAUAACAAAUCAGCUUCACACUUUCAAUGAUGUGUGCAAUAAUGAAUCCCUAGUUUCAGACACAGAAACGUCAAUUGCAAAAGAGCUUGCAGACUGGCUUAUUAGCAACAAUGUUGUUGAGCAUAUAUUUGGACCAAAUUUACAUAUUGAGAUUAUCAAACAGUGCCAAGUGAUUUUGAAUUUUCUGGCAGCAGAAGGACGACUAAGUACUCAGCACAUAGAUUGCAUUUGGGCUGCAGCACAGUUGAAACAUUGUAGUCGGUACAUACAUGACUUGUUUCCCUCCCUCAUCAAGAACUUGGAUCCUGUCCCACUUAGACAUCUUCUUAACCUUGUUUCAGCUCUUCAUCCAAGUGGUCAUACAGAACAAACCUUAUAUUUGGCAUCUAUGCUUAUUAAAGCUUUGUGGAAUAAUGCUCUAGCAGCUAAGGCCCAACUUUCAAAGCAGAGUUCUUUUGCAUCUUUGCUCAAUACUAACCUCCCUAUGGGAAAUAAGAAAGAGGAAGAAGAGCUCAGAAGAGCAGCCCCGUCACCCUGGUCACCUGCAGCUAGCCCUCAAAGCAGUGAUAACAGUGAUACCCAUCAAAGUGGAGGCAGUGAUAUUGAAAUGGAGGAGCAGCUUCUUAAUAGAACCAAACAUGUACAGCAACGGCUUUCUGACACAGAGGAGUCGUUACAGGGAAGUUCUGAUGAAACUGCCAAUAGUGGUGAGGAUGGAAGUAGUGGUCCUGGAAGUAGCAGUGGGCACAGUGAUGGAUCUAGUAAUGAAGUCAAUUCUAGCCAUGCCAGCCAGUCAGCUGGAAGCCCUGGCAGUGAAGUACAUUCAGAGGACAUUGCAGACAUGGAAGCUCUCAAGGAGGAAGAGGAAGAAGAUGAUCAUGGCCAUAGCCAUGAUCCUCCCAAAAGCAGUCGUGUUACAGACCUUCGAAACAGAAAGCUUGACUCUCAGGCAGGCAUUUGCUUGGGAGAAUCACAGGGCCCUCCAGAGAGAACUGGCACAAACAAUGGAACAGGGAAGGACCUUGUUUUCAACAAUGACUCAGUGCCAUCUGUUGAUAAUCGAAUCAGAAUGCUGGAUACCUGUUCCCGGCCUGAAGACACAGAACAUGAUAUGGCAGGAGAAAUGAGCACUGCACACAUAUCACAAGCAUCUCAGGAUUCUUGUAUCACACGUACUGGUGACUUCCUUGGAGAAGCUAUUGGGAAUGAAUUAUUUAAUUGUCGACAGUUUAUUGGGCCACAGCAUCACCAUCAUCACCACCACCACCAUCACCAUCAUCAUCACCACCACCACCAUCACCACCACCACGAUGGGCAUAUGGUUGAUGACAUGCUUAGUGCAGAUGAUGUCAGUUGCAGUAGUUCCCAAGUCAGUGCAAAAUCAGAAAAAAAUAUGGCUGAUUUUGAUGGUGAAGAAUCUGGAUGUGAAGAAGAGUUAGUACAAAUUAACUCACAUGCAGAGUUAACAUCUCAUCUUCAACAGCAUCUUCCAAAUUUAGCAUCUAUCUACCAUGAACAUCUUACUCAAGGCCCAGCAGUUCAUAAACAUCAAUACAGUAGCAAUGCUGUGACAGACAUUAAUUUGGAUAAUGUUUGCAAGAAAGGAAAUACUUUAUUGUGGGAUUUAGUACAAGAUGAAGAUGCAAUUCAUCUCUCAGAAGGGUUAAUAAAUGAAGCAGAGAAACUUCUUUGCUCCUUAGUAUGCUGGUUCACAGAUCGACAGAUCCGAAUGAGAUUCAUUGAAGGCUGUCUAGAAAAUUUAGCCAACAAUAGAUCUGUAGUAGUUUCACUUCGUCUUCUUCCAAAAUUGUUUGGUACUUUUCAGCAAUUUGGAAGCAGUUAUGAUACACAUUGGAUUACAAUGUGGGCAGAAAAAGAACUAAACAUGAUGAAGCUGUUCUUUGAUAAUUUGGUACACUACAUUCAAGCCGUAAGAGAAGGGAGACAUAAACAUGCCCUGUACAGCCACAGUGCAGAGGUUCAAGUUCGACUUCAGUUCUUGACAUGUGUUUUUUCUACUCUUGGAUCACCAGAUCAUUUUAGGCUAAGUUUAGAACAAGUUGACAUUUUGUGGCACUGUUUAGUUGAAGAUUCUGAGUGUUAUGAUGAUGCACUUCAUUGGUUUUUAAAUCAAGUUCGGAGUAAAGAUCAACAUGCGAUGGGAAUGGAAACUUACAAACAUCUUUUUCUAGAAAAGAUGCCACAGCUAAAACCAGAAACUAUUAGUAUGACUGGUUUAAACCUGUUUCAGCAUCUUUGCAACUUGGCACGACUGGCUACUAGUGCAUAUGAUGGUGGCUCAAACUCUGAGCUGUGUGGUAUGGACCAAUUCUGGGGCAUUGCUUUAAGAGCACAGUCUGGUGAUGUUAGUCGGGCAGCUAUUCAGUACAUCAACUCCUAUUAUAUAAAUGGUAAAACAGGUUUGGAGAAAGAGCAAGAAUUUAUUAGUAAGUGUAUGGAGAGCCUUAUGAUAGCUUCUAGCAAUCUUGAACAAGAAUCACACUCAAGUCUUACCAUUAUUGAAAGAGGACUUCUUAUGCUGAAGACACAUCUGGAAGCAUUUAGAAGGAGGUUUGCUUAUCAUCUGCGACAGUGGCAAAUUGAAGGCACUGGUAUUAGUAGUCAUUUAAAAGCACUUAGUGACAAACAGUCAUUACCACUAAGAAUUGUAUGCCAGCCAGCUGGCCUUCCUGACAAGAUGACUAUUGAAAUGUAUCCUAGUGACCAGGUAGCAGAUCUUAGGGCAGAAGUAACUCAUUGGUAUGAAAAUUUACAAAAAGAGCAGAUAAGUCAACAAGCUCAGCUUCAGGAAUUUGGUCAAAGCAGCAGAAAGGGAGAAUUCCCUGGGGGUCUCAUGGGACCUGUUAGAAUGAUUUCAUCUGGGCAUGAACUAACAACAGACUAUGAUGAAAAAACACUUCACGAACUUGGAUUUAAAGAUAUGCAGAUGGUAUUUGUGUCUCUGGGAGCACCAAGGCGAGAACGGAAAGGAGAAGGUGUUCAGUUACCAGCUUCUUGCCUGCCUCCUCCUCAGAAGGACAACAUUCCAAUGCUUUUGCUUUUACAAGAGCCACAUCUUACCACUCUUUUUGAUUUAUUAGAAAUGCUUGCUUCAUUUAAACCUCCUUCUGGUGAAGUGACAAUGGAAGAUAUUGAGAGUGCAAGGUGUGAAGAACUUCACCUUCAUGCAGAAAAUCUAUCCAGACGUGUCUGGGAGUUGCUAAUGCUUCUUCCUACAUGUCCUAACAUGCUACAGGCAUUCCAAACAAUUUCUGAUGAGCAGGGUAAUGAUGGGCUUAAUUGGAAAGAACUUCUAAGAAUAAAGAGUGCUCACAAAUUGUUGUAUGCUCUUGAAAUCAUUGAAGCAUUGGGUAAACCUAACAGAAGAAUAAGGAGAGAGUCUACGGGAAGUUAUAGUGACCUUUAUCCAGACUCUGAUGAUUCAAGUGAAGAUCAAAUAGAAAACAGUAAAAAUACCUGGAGCUGCAAGUUUGUAGCUGCUGGAGGACUACAACAAUUAAUAGAAAUCUUUAAUUCUGGAAUUUUAGAGCCUAAAGAGCAAGAAUCAUGGACUGUGUGGCAGCUAGAUUGUCUUGCUUGCUUGCUGAAGUUAAUAUGCCAGUUUGCAGUAGAUCCGUCAGAUUUGGAUUUAGCUUAUCAUGAUGUCUUUGCCUGGUCUGGUGUAGCAGAAAGCCAUAGGAAAAGAACUUGGCCUGGGAAAUCAAGGAAGGUGGCUGGAGAUCAUACCAAAGGUCUUCAUAUUCCCCGAUUAACAGAGGUAUUUCUUGUUCUUGUCCAAGGAACCUGUUUGAUUCAGCGGCUUAUGUCUGUUGCUUAUACUUAUGAUAACUUGGCACCUAGAGUUUUGAAAGCUCAGUCUGAUCACAGGUCAAGACAUGAAGUUACACAUUAUUCAAUGUGGCUCUUAGUCAGUUGGGCUCAUUGCUGUUCCUUAGUAAAAUCUAGCCUUGCCGACAGUGAUCAUUUACAAGAUUGGCUAAGGAAACUUACUCUUCUUAUUCCUGAGACUGCUGUUCGGCAUGAAUCUUGUAAUGGUUUAUACAAGUUAUCUUUAUCUGGACUAGAUGGUGGGGAUUCAAUUAAUAGAUCUUUUCUAUUACUUGCUGCCUCAACAUUACUGAAAUUUCUUCCUGAUGCUCAGGCUUUAAAGCCUAUUAAGAUUGAAGAUUAUGAAGAAGAGCCAGUACUAAUACCUGGAUGUAAAGAAUAUUUUUGGUUAUUAUGCAAAUUAAUUGACAACAUACAUGUAAAAGAUGCCAGUCAGACAACAUUACUGGACUUAGAUGCUUUGGCAAGGCAUCUGGCUGACUGUAUUAGAAGCAGGGAAAUACUUGAUCAUCAGGAUGGUAAUGUGGAAGAUGAUGGGCUUACAGGACUCUUACGACUUGCAACAAGUGUAAUUAAACACAAACCACCAUUCAAAUUUUCACGAGAAGGACAGGAAUUUCUAAGAGACAUCUUCAAUCUGCUCUUCUUACUUCCAAGUCUAAAAGAUCGCCAGCAACCAAAGUGCAAAUCACAUUCUUCAAGAGCUGCUGCUUAUGAUUUGUUAGUAGAAAUGGUAAAAGGAUCAGUUGAAAACUACAGACUUCUACACAACUGGGUGAUGGCCCAGCAUAUGCAAUCAUCCCAUGCUCCUUACAAGUGGGACUAUUGGCCUCAUGAUGAUGUUCGAGCAGAGUGUAGGUUUGUUGGCCUAACUAAUCUAGGAGCCACCUGUUAUUUGGCUUCCACUAUUCAGCAACUCUAUAUGAUACCUGAGGCUAGACAAGCCAUUUUUACUGCAAAGUAUUCAGAAGAUAUAAAGCAUAAGACUACUCUUCUGGAACUUCAGAAAAUGUUUACAUAUUUAAUGGAAAGUGAAUGUAAAGCUUAUAAUCCUAGACCUUUCUGCAAAACUUAUACUAUGGAUAAACAACCAUUGAAUACUGGUGAACAAAAAGAUAUGACAGAAUUCUUUACUGAUUUGAUAACAAAAAUUGAAGAAAUGUCUCCAGAACUGAAAAAUACAGUGAAAAGUUUGUUUGGUGGUGUCAUUACAAACAAUGUUGUCUCUUUGGAUUGUGAACAUGUCAGUCAGACUGCUGAAGAAUUCUAUACUGUGAGAUGCCAGGUGGCUGAUAUGAAGAACAUUUAUGAAUCUCUUGAUGAAGUAACUAUUAAAGAUACAUUAGAAGGUGACAACAUGUAUACUUGUUCUCAUUGUGGGAAGAAAGUACGAGCUGAAAAAAGGGCAUGUUUCAAGAAAUUACCUCGCAUCUUGAGUUUCAAUACAAUGAGGUAUACUUUUAAUAUGGUAACCAUGAUGAAGGAGAAAGUAAAUACCCACUUUUCAUUCCCUUUACGAUUGGAUAUGACUCCUUAUACUGAAGAUUUUCUUAUGGGCAAGUGUGACAGAAAAGAAGGUUUUAAGGAGGAAGUUGAUCAUGAAAAAGAAACUGAGAGCUAUGAAUAUGAUUUGAUUGGAGUGACAGUUCAUACAGGAACAGCAGAUGGUGGUCACUAUUACAGCUUCAUUAGGGAUAUAGUGAAUCCACAUGCUUAUAAGAACAAUAAAUGGUAUCUCUUUAAUGAUGCUGAAGUAAAACCUUUUGAUUCUGCUCAACUUGCUUCUGAAUGUUUUGGAGGGGAAAUGACAACCAAGACCUAUGAUUCCGUUACAGAUAAAUUUAUGGAUUUCUCCUUUGAAAAGACACAUAGUGCAUACAUGCUGUUUUAUAAACGGAUGGAACUGGAGGAAGAAAAUGGCAAAGAUCUCAAAUUUGAUGUUUCAUCAGAAUUGCUAGAGUGGAUUUGGCAUGAUAAUAUGCAAUUUCUUCAAGACAAGAACAUUUUUGAGCACACAUAUUUUGGGUUUAUGUGGCAGUUAUGUAGUAGUAUUCCAAGUACAUUACCUGAUCCAAAAGCUGUGUCCCUAAUGACUGCAAAGCUAAGUACUUCUUUUGUCCUGGAGACUUUUAUUCACUCAAAGGAAAAGCCCACAAUGCUUCAGUGGAUUGAAUUACUGACCAAGCAGUUCAAUAACAGCCAGGCAGCUUGCGAGUGGUUUUUAGACAGAAUGGCUGAUGAUGAUUGGUGGCCAAUGCAAAUCUUAAUAAAGUGCCCUAAUCAGAUUGUGAGACAGAUGUUUCAACGUUUGUGUAUUCAUGUGAUUCAGAGACUUAGACCUGUACAUGCUCACCUCUAUUUACAACCAGGAAUGGAAGAUGGGUCUGAUGACAUGGAUGGUCCUGUAGAAGACAUUGGAAGCCGUUCAUGUGUCACCAGAUUUGUGAAGACACUGUUAUCAAUUAUGGAACAUGGUGUAAAACCUCACAGUAAACAUCUCACUGAGUACUUUGCUUUUCUUUAUGAAUUUGCAAAAAUGGGUGAAGAGGAGAGCCAAUUUUUGCUUUCAUUGCAAGCUAUAUCAACAAUGGUGCAUUUCUACAUGGGAACCAAAGGUCCCGAAAAUCCUCAAGUUGAAGUGCUAUCAGAAGAAGAAGGGGAGGAAGAAGAGGAGGAAGAAGACAUACUAUCUUUAGCAGAAGAAAAAUAUAGGCCUGCUGCACUUGAAAAGAUGAUAGCUUUAGUUGCUCUUUUAGUUGAACAAUCUCGCUCAGAAAGGCAUUUAACUUUGUCUCAGAAUGAUAUGGCAGCAUUAACAGGAGGAAAGGGAUUUCCCUUCUUGUUUCAACAUAUUCGUGAUGGAAUCAAUAUAAGACAAACCUGUAAUCUGAUUUUCAGCCUUUGUCGAUAUAAUAAUCGACUUGCAGAACAUAUUAUUUCCAUGCUUUUCACAUCCAUAGCAAAGCUGACACCUGAGGCUGCCAACCCUUUCUUUAAAUUACUAACUAUGUUAAUGGAGUUUGCUGGUGGGCCUCCAGGAAUGCCACCCUUUGCAUCUUAUAUUCUGCAACGGAUAUGGGAGGUGAUUGAAUAUAACCCUUCUCAAUGCCUUGAUUGGUUGGCAGUACAAACACCACGUAAUAAAUUGGCACAUAGCUGGGUGCUUCAGAAUAUGGAAAACUGGGUUGAGCGUUUUCUUUUGGCACAUAAUUAUCCUCGAGUCAGAACUUCUGCAGCUUAUCUUCUGGUAUCUCUCAUCCCAAGCAAUUCAUUCCGUCAAAUGUUCCGGUCAACACGAUCUUUGCACAUCCCAACACGUGACCUGCCACUCAGUCCAGAUACCACAGUAGUUUUACAUCAGGUCUACAAUGUGCUUCUUGGCUUACUUUCCAGAGCCAAACUUUAUGUUGAUGCUGCUGUUCAUGGCACCACAAAGUUGGUGCCCUAUUUUAGUUUCAUGACAUACUGUCUCAUCUCCAAAACAGAGAAGCUUAUGUUUUCUACAUAUUUCAUGGACUUGUGGAACCUUUUCCAACCUAAACUCUCUGAGCCAGCAAUAGCAACCAACCACAAUAAGCAAGCUUUGCUUUCUUUUUGGUAUAACGUAUGUGUUGACUGUCCAGAGAACGUCCGCCUUAUUGUGCAGAACCCAGUGGUAACCAAGAACAUUGCCUUCAAUUACAUCCUCGCUGACCAUGAUGAUCAGGAUGUGGUGCUUUUUAACCGUGGGAUGCUGCCUGCCUACUAUGGCAUUCUGAGGCUCUGCUGUGAGCAAUCACCUGCAUUUACCAGACAGCUAGCAUCUCAUCAGAAUAUACAGUGGGCCUUUAAGAAUCUUACACCACAUGCUAGCCAGUACCCUGGAGUAUCAAGACCAUAUUUGUGUCAUAGAAGGAAUUUGGCAGUGGAAGAACUGUUUAACCUGAUGCAAUUGUUUGUAGCUCAGAGGCCAGAUAUGAGAGAGGAAGAGUUAGAAGAUAUUAAACAAUUUAAGAAAACAACUAUCAGUUGUUAUUUGCGUUGCUUGGAUGGCCGUUCCUGCUGGACAACUUUAAUAAGUGCCUUCAGAAUACUACUAGAAUCUGAUGAAGAUAGACUUCUUGUUAUAUUUAAUCGAGGAUUAAUCCUGAUGACGGAGUCAUUCAACACAUUACACAUGAUGUAUCAUGAAGCCACCGCAUGCCAUGUGACUGGAGACUUAGUAGAACUUCUGUCCAUAUUCCUUUCAGUUCUGAAGUCCACCCGCCCUUAUCUUCAGAGAAAAGAUGUGAAACAAGCAUUAAUUCAGUGGCAGGAACGAAUUGAAUUUGCCCAUAAGCUCUUAACUCUGCUUAAUUCCUAUAGUCCUCCAGAACUUAGAAAUGCAUGCAUAGAUGUCCUUAAGGAACUUGUGCUUCUGAGCCCUCAUGAUUUCCUGCAUACUCUAGUUCCAUUUCUACAGCACAACCAUUGCACGUACCACCACAGUAAUAUCCCAAUGUCCCUUGGACCUUAUUUCCCUUGUCGAGAAAAUCUCAAGCUAAUGGGAGGGAAAAGCAAUAUCCGUCCACCACGUCCUGAACUCAACAUGUGCCUCUUGCCCACAAUGGUGGAAACCAGCAAGGGCAAAGAUGACGUUUAUGAUCGUAUGCUGCUAGACUACUUCUUUUCUUAUCAUCAGUUCAUCCAUCUAUUAUGCCGAGUUGCAAUCAACUGUGAAAAAUUUACUGAAACAUUAGUUAAGCUGAGUGUCCUAGUUGCCUAUGAAGGUUUGCCACUUCAUCUUGCACUCUUCCCCAAACUUUGGACUGAGCUAUGCCAGACUCAGUCCUCUAUGUCAAAAAACUGCAUUAAGCUUUUAUGUGAAGAUCCCGUUUUCGCAGAGUAUAUUAAAUGUAUCCUAAUGGAUGAAAGGACCUUCCUCAAUAACAACUUCGUUUAUACAUUCUUGACCCACUUCCUCUUAAAGGUUCAAGGUCAGGUGUUUUCUGAAGCAAAUUGUGCCAAUUUGAUUAGCACUCUUAUUACAAACUUAAUAAAUCAGUAUCAGAGCUUACAGGCUGAUUUUACCAACCGAGUUGAAAUUUCCAAAGCAAGUUCUUCCUUAAAUGGGGACCUUCGGGCACUUGCUUUGCUCCUUUCGGUGCACACUCCCAAACAGCUGAACCCAGCUCUGAUUCCAACUCUUCAAGAGCUUUUAAGCAAGUGCAGGACUUGUCAGCAACAAAGAAAUUCACUCCAAGAACAAGAAACCAAAGAAAGGAAAACUAAAGAUGAUGAAGAGGCAACUCCUGUUAAAAGAAGGCGUGUUAGCAGUGAUGAAGAACAUACUGUAGACAGCUGCAUCAGUGACAUGAAAACUGAACCAAGGGAGGUAUUGACUCCAACUAGCACUUCAGAUAAUGAGACAAGAGACUCUUCAAUUAUUGAUCCAGGCACUGAACAAGAUCUUCCUUCCCCUGAAAAUAGUUCUGUCAAAGAGUACAGAAUGGAAGUCCCAUCUUCAUUUUCAGAAGACAUUUCAAAUAUUAGGUCACAGCAUGUGGAAGAUCAGUCUAGCAGUGGCAAGUUUGAAGAAGUCUGUAGAGAGUUUAAAGACCCCCAGAGUUCCAAGGAUUCUAACCUAGCCGAGGAGGAACCCGAGUUCCCUUCUACAUCAAUUUCUGCAGUUUUGUCUGACUACUGCGAUGGCCAAGCUUUGUCCUCCCAGGAUCCUGAAACUAGUUUAUCACUCAGUUGUGGCCAUUCCAGAGGACUCUUUAGUCACAUGCAGCAACAUGACAUUUUAGACACCCUGUGUAGGACCAUUGAAUCUACGAUUCUUGUGGUCACAAGGAUAGCUGGCAAAGGAAACCAAGCUGCUUCUUGACAUUAGAUGUAGCAUGUCUGCUUUUAAGUCUUUUUUUCCAAGAUGCUGUUUGUAUAAGUUUUGCUUAUUUCUGUUUUGUGCUUCAGUUUGUCCAGUGCUCUCUGCUUGAAUGGCAAGAUAGAUUUAUAGGCUUAAUUCUUGGUCAGGCAGAACUCCAGAUGAGAAAUUUUGCAUCUCCAGUACACUUUUCUUAAGGGCAAUCAGAUAAUGGAUAUGUUUUAUGUAAUUAAGAGUUCACUGUAGUGGCUUUCAUUUAAUAUGGCUGUCUGGGAGAACAGGGUUUCAUGACCCUGUACAAUGUAAUUUAAACUUAUGGCAUUUUUACUGUGUAUAAUAUGGUGUCCUCUGUGCCAGUUUUGUACCUUAUAAUAGAGGCAGAUUGCCUCAGAUCGCUGUGGUUCUUAUUAUCAAAAUUAAGUUUACUUGUAUACGAAACAACCACAAGAAAUUUGAUUCUGUAAAGAAUCCUCUUUAGCUGUGGCCUGGCAGUAUAUAUAUGGUGCUUUAUUUAACAGAAUACCUGUGGAGGAAAUAAAGCACACUUGAUGUAAAAAUAAUUGUUUUAUUUUUAUUGACAUGACCGAUGCUAUUCUGUGCACUUCAUUAAACUGAUUGUGAUGACUUUUCA